AUGCCUGGAGUCCCACCCAACGCACUCAAUAACUUGAAGGCCAAGUUCAGAGCCGUCUUCAAGAAGAAGGACGAGAAGAAGGCCGAGUCCAAGCCCGCUGAGGCGACCAAGCCAACUGAAACGACUCCUGCUACUGCUGCUGCUGCUGCGGAGCCAGCCAAGACCGAGACCGCACCAGCUGCCGCUCCCGCAGCCACUGCCGACGCCUCCAAGCCCGCCGAGGAGCCCAAGAAGGAGGAUACUCCCGCUGCACCCGCGGCUGCCGCUCCCGCUACAACAACCACCGAGGCCGCUCCCGCUGCCCCCGCCGCUGAAGCAGCGAAGCCGGCCGAGGAGGCCAAGCCAGCUGCCACCGAGGCUGCCCCGGCUGCCGAUGCCGCUGCCCCAGCAGCAGCUCCAGCCGCUACAACCACCGAGGCUACUCCUGCUCCCGCUGCUGCCACCGAGGCCGCGAAGCCAGCUGAGGCCGCAAAGCCCGCUGAGGAGGCCAAGCCCGCCGAGGAGACUAAGCCUGCCGAGGAGGCCAAGCCUGCUGCUACCGAGCCUGCGAAGUAA